GUGGAAUGGCUGAACUUGCCAGAAUAAUGAUAAGAGAUUGUAAAUAUGAUUUGGAUGAAAUUCAGCAGUGUCCUAAUUGUUAUUAUUUAUCAAAUGCCAAACCUCCAAACUGGUUUUGUCAGCCAUGUAAUCCUGCCCAUGAACUUGUGUAUGCUAAGCAGAAAGGCUUUAGUUUCUGGCCAGCAAAAGUAAUAAAGGUUUUAGGCGGAAAAUAUGAUGUUCGAUUCUUUGGAGGAUACCACCAACGAGCUGUGAUCCCAGAAGGAAAGAUCAAGCCUAUCUCAACCAAUGUCAGAAGUCUCACUGUGAAGCGAACUACAGGGUUUGUGAAAGCAUGCAGAGCUUGA